UUAGUCCCUCUUCUCGACAUCGCGCCGUCGAAAUUACACGUGUUGUUGUUGUAUUUCAAGCAACCACAACACAAAAAUUGCGAAAAAAACAUUAUAAAAAUUAUAAAAACAUUUAAAAAUAACAAAAAAAUCUGAAAAACUUGGUUAAAAUACCAAAAAGUUAGAGUAACGGUAAGUUUUUAGUCGAGCAAGUUGCUGGAGAAAAACGAAAGAGGAACGUGAAAUCGCCAUAUUGAACCAGAUUUUGUUUGUAAAGAAGCCGUUUUAACAGUCAAAAAUGCAGUCUGCCGGUGGACCACAGAGCUAUCCUAUGGCCUCACUAUACGUGGGAGACCUUCACCCAGAUGUUACUGAAGCUAUGUUGUUUGAAAAAUUCUCAACUGCCGGACCGGUCCUGUCCAUCCGUGUGUGCCGAGACAUGAUAACCAGAAGAUCACUAGGUUAUGCCUAUGUGAACUUUCAGCAGCCAGCAGAUGCUGAAAGAGCUUUAGACACGAUGAACUUUGAUACCAUCAAGGGAAGGCCAAUCAGAAUUAUGUGGUCUCAGCGUGAUCCUUCACUCCGAAAGUCUGGUGUCGGCAACGUCUUCAUUAAGAACCUGGACAAGAGCAUCGAUAACAAAGCCUUGUACGACACCUUCUCGGCAUUUGGAAACAUUCUGUCAUGUAAAAUUGUAUCCGACGAGCAUGGUUCCCGUGGUUACGGUUUUGUCCACUUUGAGACGGAAGAGGCUGCAAGAAAUGCCAUUGAAAAGGUUAAUGGCAUGUUGUUAAACGGAAAGAAAGUAUUUGUCGGUCGUUUCAUGAAUCGCCGUGAACGUUUGGAACAGAUGGGUGACAAGAUGAAAAAAUUCAACAACGUGUACAUAAAGAACUUCAGUGAAGAAAUUGAUGAUGAAAAAUUGAAAGCCUGGUUUGAACAGUUUGGAAAAAUCAUAAGCGCCAAGGUGAUGACUGGUUAUGAUGGUAAAGGUCGUGGAUUUGGUUUUGUGAGCUAUGAAGAACCAGAGGCUGCUGAGAAGGCUGUUACCGAGAUGAAUGGAACAGAGUCCGACAACAGGACCUUGUAUGUAGGUCGUGCUCAGAAACGUGCCGAGAGACAGGCAGAACUGAAGGACAAAUUUGACCGCCUGAAACAGGAGAGAAUGAACCGUUACCAAGGUGUAAACCUAUAUGUGAAGAACCUCGAUGACAGCAUUGACGAUGAAAGACUUCGUAAAGAAUUCUCACAGUUUGGAACUAUCACCAGCGCUAAGGUGAUGGUAGAGGGUGGAAGAUCAAAGGGAUUUGGAUUUGUCUGCUUUAGUUCUCCAGAAGAAGCUACGAAGGCCGUGACGGAGAUGAAUGGUCGUAUCAUUGUAGCCAAGCCUCUGUAUGUAGCUCUGGCUCAGAGAAAGGAAGACAGGAAAGCUCAUCUUGCGUCACAGUAUAUGCAACGUCUUGCAAGCAUGAGAAUACAGUCUCAGCAGAUGGGUCAAGUGUUCCAGCCAGGCGGAGGUGCUGGGUACUUCGUACCAACGAUGAACCCUGGUGCUGCCAGAGCCAAUUACUUUGCUCCUACCCAGAUCCCGCAGAUGAGAGCCGGACCUCGAUGGCAGACUGUAAGACCUACAGGACAACCAGGCGGAACAAGCUUCCAGUCUAUGCCAGGUGGACCAGUGAGACCAGGUCCAAGACCUUCAGCAUCAGCCAACACUGGCGGAGGCCCAGGUGCUCAGCAGCAAAUGAGGCCAUCCACCAUGAAUGCCAGACCAAUCACUGGCCAGUCUACAGCCCAGGCUCGACCAGGGAUGAGCAUGCCUCAGAGCUCGAUGCAAGGAAGACCCCAGCAGCCACAGGCCCCAACCAUGCCCCAGGGUGCUAGACCAGGGUACAGUCAGUUCCAGAACAACCGGCCACAGCAGCAGAGCCAGGCUAUUGUUGUACCAGGCCAGGAUGCUCUAACUGCCUCCAUGUUGGCAGCUGCUCCUCCCCAGGAACAGAAGCAGAUGUUGGGAGAACGUCUGUUCCCACUCAUCCAGCGUAUGUACCCAGACCUUGCGGGUAAAAUUACAGGCAUGUUGUUGGAAAUUGACAACUCCGAGUUGCUGCACAUGUUGGAAUCAACUGAGUCUCUAAAAGCCAAGGUUGAGGAAGCCGUUGCUGUACUUCAGGCCCAUCAAGCCAAGGAGGCCGCUGCUAACCAGGCUGCCACCAAUGCCAUGAAGAAAGAAUAGUGCAUUCAGAGAAAUAAGAACUUUAUGAAAGAAAACCCGUUAGAAGAAAAUAGCUUGACGCGUUAAUUUUGCAUUUUUUAACAAAUCUUGGUAGGAGUUUUAUUGAAAGCACAGAAUGUUUUUAGUUGGAAGUGUUGAUAUGUCAGAAAAUGCAGAAGUAACUCAACUUUACCAUUGCUAUUUGUUUUUUUGCAUAUUAGAAAAACGUGUGAAUAUUUUUGAACAGUCAUUGCAUUUGUUAAAAUGAUAAACACUAUCAAAAAAAUUAAAUUGAGGUGAAUGUUCAAAAAUAAGCAACCAAAAAAAUCCAAGCAUUGUAACAGAAUUGAAUGGCAAACCAUUAACUCUCUCUCUUUUAUUAACUCAUAAUUGUUAGAAAAAAUAACAAAAAAAUAGAAAAACUACUUUUAUAAUUAUCUUUUUCUGCUAUAUAUGAAAAUAUAUAUAAAUGAAACUGUAUUAUAUGUUACGGUAGAAGUGUGUAGGUUUCAUUUUAAAAUGUUGAUGUUGUGUAUUGUGUUAUAAGUAAGGACCUUUGACAAGAAACUUGAGAAGAGGGAAAGUAAUGGCUAUUACUUCUUAUUAAACAUUUAGAGAGAGACUUAAUGGAUAUAACUCUUCAAUUACUGUAUUUGAUUUUUUGGAAUUUUUUUUUUCAUGAAAUUAAAAAAGUUGAGAUAGUUAUUUACAUAA